GUCAUACAGCUUUUCAAUUCAAUUCUUAACCAUUCUUUGAAUCGAAUUGUUUAUUGUGUAUAAAUAAUAAUUGUCAAAUAUCAGAAUUAAAUUAUUAGUUCGAUUGAAAAAAGAUGCCUCUAUUAGGAAAAGAAGAAUUCUGCCUUAAAUCAUUACCGGAUAAUCUAUCACCGGAUGAACAAGUAUUUUAUUGCCAGAUAACCGGCGAAGCAUUUUUGUCAUAUGAUGAAUAUUUUGAACGACAAUUCCUGUAUUCAUCAUUAUUAUGGACUUGUUCAGUAACAGGUCGUACUGGAUUAACAUAUUCGGAAGCAUUAAAAUCCGAACAAGAAUCACAAGCUCUUGUAUCUUCGAUACCAACAGUGUUGCAAAAAGCGAUGUUACAUUUGAUGACCUAUAUGAAUAAUUUUAGCACCAAUGUUACUUUAUCAAUUCUAAUUGAGUAUACGAAUUUUCGGUAUUUUAUCGGUGAACAUGUACAAAUUUCACCUAAAAACAAAAAUAAAAGAUUCAAUGGUAUUAUUCGUGAUGUGAUACCACCAGAAAAUUAUGAAAAAUCAUCGAGUAUAGCUUAUGGAAUCGAUCCAUUAGCCUAUAAUUAUCAGGUAGAAUAUAUUGACCAGCCUGAUAAACAUGAUGGAAACGGAUGUAUUAUCAUUCCAGCUGCUCGUAUUUCUCGAUCCAAAUUUUUAUUAACACGAGAGAAAAUACGUCUAUUUCUUAAACAACAUCUAGCACCUAAAAAUGGCCGCUAUCAAGCCCUAAGUAUCAAAACUGAAAGUUUGCAAAAAUUUGGCGUUGACCAACUAAACUGGGAAAAUAUAUUCAAAGGACCAACACCAAAUUUUUCCGAUGAUACUUUAAUUGUGAAAGCUUUAAGCCGGCAACGUUAUUCGGAAGAAAACAAUUCCCAUAAUCUUGAUUCAUUAAAAGAAAAUGAUGAAAAUCGCGAAAAAAAACUAAUACAAAUAUUGAAAAAGAAAAGCAAUCUUUUAUCAUCACAAAAACAGAAAUUAAAACGAAGAGAAACUAAACAAGGUAAUUCUAAUAACACAACAAAAGAAUCGAAUGAUGGUAAACGAAAAUAUCGUAAAAAUUUGAAAAAGGAUGCUAAAUCAAAGCGACAGAAUUCGAAAAACAAAUCCGGUAAAGUUAGUAAAAAAACAACUUCGGAUGCUACUGAUUCGAAUGAAACGCAAGAAUCGAAAUCUUCAAAACAAAAAGAUAAUGAUAAAGAUCUGAAAAAUCGAGAACGAGAAUGUCGUAAACAAUAUGAAGAAGAUCUGAAAAAUUGGACUGAAAAACGUGAUGAUCUACUUUGCGACGAUCUUUUACCUUUGCCAGAGGUUACGCCCAUCGAGUGUGAUAUCCCAUCCGAAAUGAUUGGCGAUGCCUUGGUCAUAGUCGAUUUUCUUAACGUUUUUCAUGAAUUUCUUGCAUUUGAGGAAAACACAUUUCCAUCGCAUUUAACAUUGGAUUAUUUCAUUAAGAUUUUACAAGAUAACAAUGUCAAUUCCCGAGCUGGUUUUGCUGAUUUAAUUAUGGCUAUCUUGCGAACAAUUUUUCAAUCCAAUAUGAAAGAUUCACAUGAUGGAAAUGAUGAUCUAAAAAUUCAGGAUAUCAACAAUGAAGAUUUCGAUCUAUUUAAUGCUGAUAAUGAUGAGGAAUCGACAGCAUCACAAGUAAAUUGUUUCGCCAAUCAUUUUGUUACGACGUAUUUUUCUACAUUGGAACAAUUGGCCCGAUUACAGAUGGAUCCAUUUACAAUCACAGAAAUACUGCGAAUUUAUAUAUUGAAAACCAGAAACUUUGAUGGAAAACGUACAACGAAAAUCUGUCUGGAUGAUAUGGCAUUAGUGAUGCGGUUGGCCACGCAGACAAUUUUCGAAUUGAAUCAAACUGAUCGUAUUAAAAUAUUGAAAAUUGUACUUAACGAUGUCGUUGUUCAAGUAUCAGAUAUUCGACAAAAAAUUGAAACUUCAAUGGAUGAGAUGUUCAAAUUGAAAAUACGAAUCCGCCAUUUGAAUGCUGCAUAUACUCGAUGGCUACGAGAGAAUCCUAUUCGACAAAGGAUGAGAAGAAAGAAAACAUGCCCUAAUAAUGAUAAUGAACAGCAACAAACCGAACCAGAACCUGAAUUAACCAAAGAGGAAAAAGAACAGUACAAAAACGAUAAAGCGGAAAGGGAAAAAAAGAUGAAAGAUGAUAUUGCAGAAUUAAAAACAAAAAUCCGUCGCCUCUCAGCGUUUUGUCGAUCACGUCCUUUGGGUACUGAUCGUCGAUAUCGAAAAUAUUGGAUUUUUGAAACAAUACCCGGAUUAUUUGUUGAACAACCUGUUCAUGAUGAAUAUAAUUCGAAUACGUGCUUUGAUGAUCCUGUACCGGUUGUUAAACCAAUAUUUAAUGAUUAUCUUGCCAAUGCAAAACGCCGGAAGAAAAAAAUUGGAACAAUCGUACCUACCGAAGAGACAGAAACGAAUAAAGUCGUUGAGGAGAAUAUUGAUCGAUGUACUGGAAAUCCUUCUACUUGUAAAGUGCAUGAUACAAUGUCCAGGACGACAACACAACUUUGGUCAUUCUAUUCGAAAGAACAAUUUGAUAAUCUGCUAAAUUCGUUGAAUUCUCGAGGUUUUCGGGAAUCCGAAUUAAAAAAUGCAUUGGAAAUCGAAAAGCAAUCCAUACUGGACAAUCACUUUGCCGAAUUCGAUCCAUUCACAUUCAAUCCAAAUUAUAUCCCACCGCCUGUAAUUGAAAUGAUCGAACCCGAAAUGAGUGAUGAUGUAAAUCCUGUUCGUAAAUCCGAACGUUUACAGAUUCAUGAUCGAACAGCUUUCAAUAAUAAAAGACGAUCAACACGUAGCGAAUUUUGUCUGGAAUUUUCAGAUCAAACACCGGUGGAAGUAUUCGAUGUCAAUUUUCAAAACCAAUUAGCAAUUUUCGAGGAUAAUGUUUUUAAUGGUUGUUUCUGUUCAUUCUCAAUUUCUGAUCGUGAUGCAUGGUAUCAUGGAUUGAAUCGAACGUAUUGUCAAGAUAAGAUCAAUUCUUUACAAAUGUUGACCGAUAAAUUAGCUACAUUAGCACGAUCAAUUAGGCCAUUUUGUUUGAUGCCACCAUUAUCUGUAUAUCCGGAAUCCACUAUGUCAUCACCGUCUGAAAAGGAAAAUAUUGAUAAUAAUCAAGCAUUGAAAUUUCGUGUGCCUAUGCUUUCUGAAAAAUGGUUGGAUGUACUCAAAGUUCCGGAUAGUUCAGAAUUAACCGAAUUCGAAUCAAGUUAUGGUAUAACUAAUCAUUCUCAAUUGUUUCUCAACCUGUACAUAUUUGAACGUUCAUUGAAUUGGGAAAUGUCAGCUCUAAAAACCGCCAAUAAAUGCGGCAUUUGUCGUCGUAAAGCUAAUGAUGAAAUGAUUUUGUGUGACUUUUGUAAUCGUGGUUAUCAUAUCUAUUGUUUGACACCACCAAUCUCAUCAAUAAAUGAAAUCGAAGGAGAUUGGUAUUGUCCAAAAUGUUUACCACGUUCAUCACCUGAUCAUGAAUCCUCAAGUAAUAGAAGAACUGCUCAAACAACAAAAGUUGAAGUUGAAGAAACGCACCAACAAGAUACAGAGCAGCAAGUGUCGCCGAUUUCUAAUGACAAAAUCAGUCAACAAACGGUAAAUGAAAGCCUACUGGAACGAUGUAAAUCAUGUCGAAAACAUAUUUUUGAUUCUUUUUCUGAGGUAUCAUGUAAAACCUGCUGCGAAUAUUUUCAUCUUCGAUGUGUGAAUUUGGUCCGUGUUCCCCGUUCAUGGAAUUGUGCUGCCUGUGCUGAAAAAGAACGUUAUGAUGAACAAUAUAACAAUAAUCCUCAUAAUGAUAAUGAUAAUAACGAAUUACGACGAUCGCAACGAAAACGCAAACCAAAUCAUUACCAUGAAUUCGAACCGAAUGACGAUCAUUAUCAUCAUCAUCAAUCGACAACAAGCAAUCAUCUUAAGUCAAGACGAUGUUCAGAUGGUCAAAAUUCAGAAUAUCAUAGGAUCAUUGUUAAAUAGUUUACAAUAAUAAUAAAAAAAUUCUAAUCGGCCAUCGAUACUUUAAUUAUUUUUUUAAUUAAUUGAAUUAUUAUUCAUUCUCUUGAUUAU